AUGCUGCAAUGCGCUGGUGAUGACACAGAAAACUGUACAAAUGAAGAGAUCCCUCUGUCCUUAAAGUACGUCCGUCCUGGCAAUGGCUUUGAACCUAAAUUCCAGCUCUUGGAGAAGGAAGACGUGAACGGGAAAACCGCUCACCCUCUCUUUGUCUUCCUUAAGGAGAAACUUCCAUUCCCGAGCGAUGAGCCAAUGCCCUUCAUGAACGACCCCAAAUAUAUCGUGUGGAGUCCCGUGUGCAGAAACGACAUCUCUUGGAAUUUCGAGAAGUUUCUCAUUGGAUCUGAUGGAGUUCCAUUCAAACGCUACAGCAAGAGAUACCUGACCAGCAACAUCGAGGGAGACAUCAAGAAACUUCUCAGCAUAGCCAAGUAAAACAUGCUUUGUAAACAUGCUUUGUCUGUGGGGAGC